UCCAUUGUCCAGAAACGAAUCUCGUUUGCAAUUCCGGCUCUAAUCGUCGUUUAAUUGCAAAGGAGAGUUGUUUAGGGAUAGUGGAGAGUUGACGCGCCGUAGGUGAUACUCUACGCAUGUUAUUGGUCAUGUCGAUUUAACAUCAUUGUCGUCGAGUACCCGGUGUCGCAAUUCUGGGCAUGCUCGGGAAGGCUGGUACAGAAGGUGGCUUGAUCAGCGAACGACUGAGGCAAGGCUGCCGGAGACGGGCGGGUUGGACGAUGAUCGGCGCUCCGAUAACGUCGAAAUGUGGAGGCAAGAGAACGGGUCCAACGGGAACCUUGAUGGAUGAGAGCCGCAGGGAAAAGCAAUCAGGCAGCCAGCCAAAGCCAGAUACCAGAGGUUUGCAAAGGAGGAAAACGGACAUAAACAGAAUAACAAGGACCAAAGAAAAAAAGAAGACGAAAAAAAGUUUGGCCCAAACGAUCUCCAGCAUCUGUUUCGUACACCUUUGCCUUACGCGACGGGCCGAGACAUUCAGCUUCUGUCGCCAUGGUGACGGCAGACCAACCACAAACAAGGAACAAAAGGGGCAGGGGCGGGCGACAACGACAGCAGAAAACGAGAAGACAGCGGCCAAAGCAACCACAACAAAAGCGCAUGACGCGGCGAUGGCAAUGAUGGCGGCAAUAGAAGUUGUCUAGUUGCUGCCCUGUUGCGGGCAAGGAGGCGGCGGCAGUCAGUGGCAUUCUAGUCGCUCCUGGACUUCACACGUCGUCACGGUGGCGGGAGUCGGCCAUCUCUCCUGGAGCCGUGCGUGCUCCACGAGGUUUGCCGCAGAGCUGACUCGUACUAGAAAACCGCUGGUGGGGAUGCGGGAAUGCCACGGAGACAGCAUAGCAAUGG